AUGACGGCGCAGAAGGAGGCUAGCCCUGCGACGGCUCCUACUAAGAAGCCCGGCAUGGCGCCAGCUCUUUCCAAGGCCGAGAGAGAGGCCGAUCUAGUCAUGGGAACCAACAAUAGCAGUAUCGUGUCGAAACGCAGCGUCGAGAUGCUCUACUACCCUAAACCGCAUUACUUUCGGUAUUUCGUGAAGAAGCCCCAGCGCCGGUCGCCAUUGAUCAACCGUGGCUAUUGGCUCCGUAUGCACGCAAUGGCCGAAACAGUGCGCAAAUUCAUGGCGGAACCCUCUGGCAAGCCGAAAUUCGUCCUGAACUUAGGAUGUGGAUUUGAUCCUCUACCGUUCAUUCUCCUCAACACGGAAAAGUCCCUUUGUAGAGAUACGCGGUUCGUGGAUAUUGAUUACGAGAAGCUCAUGCUCAAUAAGAAAACGGCCAUUAGGAGGACCGAGGAGAUCACGCAGCUCCUCGAGAAUGUAGAGUUCUUGCCGGACGAUAGUGCCAUCCAGAUCCAGAGCGAGCAUUAUAUUGCCAUCGGCUGUGAUCUGAAGAACUUGAAGAAGCUGGACGAUGUCCUGCGCAAAGAGAUCCUUCCGGCCGAGUGCUCGGUUCUUUUCCUCGCGGAGGUCUCUUUGACGUACAUGGAUGUCACGUCUGCCAAUGAAGUUUUGAAAUGGGCCGCGCAGCUGAACAAUGAUGCCCGAUUCUGCAUACUGGAGCAGUUCUUCCCCGACGGACCAGACCAUCCUUUCGCGUCAACCAUGAUGAAACACUUCAAGAAGCUCGGCGCGCCUCUCUUCUCGAUCCACGAAUACCCUUCAUUAAACGAACAAGAGCAGCGGUUCAAGAAUGCCGGGUGGCAGCAUGCACACGCAAGGAGUCUCUGGGAUAUCUGGUCAGAUGACAAUUUCGUGAGCAGGUCGCUGCGGCGUUCACUGGACGAGGUCGAACCGUUCGACGAGUGGGAGGAGUUCGCGCUCUUCUCAUCCCACUAUUUCCUCUUGAUCGCCUCGACCCAGGAUGGAUUCUUGGUGCCGACCACCGAACAGAUCGAACUAUCUGCCUCUUCGGCCAACGUAUCGAACGAGUUCGAACUAGUCCAUACUGCCGGAGUCGGGCAAAGAAGAUUUGGGGCGCUUAUUGCAGACGAGAACAGCUCUAUUGGGUACCACGCUGGACUAGGACGGCAGACGCGAUUGGCAACGACGGAUCUGUACUCCAAAUCCAAGGAUGCUGUGAAGCCUCAUUGGCCGUUCCCUCCGCGUGACGUCUCUGCCCGAAUGUGUCACACAAUCACCCACCUCUCUGGUAGCGAUUGUUUGCUUGUCGGAGGUCGUGCUUCACCAGCUGCAGGGUUUCAAGAUUGCUGGGUAAGACAAGGCGAUCAGUGGCGCCCGACCGACAGUCUCCCGACGGCAAGGUUCAGACAUAGUGCGGCGCGAGUGGCGUUCGACUCGGAUCAUGUCCUCGUGUACGGUGGAAAGACUAGCGAUGGCAGUACCCUUGAUACCUGGUUGGUGUGGAGCAACAACGGGGACGGAUGGCUACCGGUUGAGAUCAGCGGCGGAAACCCCGGGGCUCGAUUCGGCGCUUGCCUGGCAAACAUCGACAACACCUCCGGCAUCUUAUUCGGCGGGAUGAGUGAUGAUGGGGUCAUUCUGGAAGACUUCUGGACCUGGACAUUGCACCGCCGUGGCGAAAGGUCCUACUGUCUGGAGGUCAAGGAUCAGACCAAAGACUUGCGAGGGCUCUCGCCCCUUGCCGGUAGCCUCAGCCGCUUCGGUGCGACCGCCAGCCAGACUUCGUGGGGACUAGUGAUUGCUGGUGGCAGCAUUCCUCGUCAGCUUGUGCCUGCGCAUCAGGAGCAGUUACUGCUUAAUCUGAAGGAGCUCGCCACCCAGCUUCGCAGCGGGUCUCCUUCGUCGUCGAGCCCCAGCAUUCUAUCUACUAUAGGACUGGGAAGAGACUGCGGAGCACCUAGGCCUCUGCUGGUGGGUCAUGCCUCUUAUGCAGUAGACGAGGAUCAGGUCCUCCUGCUAGGCGGCGGUGCUGUCUGCUUCUCCUUCGGAACAUUCUGGACGGAGGGCACCUGGCUGUUGAAGCGCGCCGACUCGAGCGUUGACAACGAAUGGAAAAUGGUCCCUGAGACAGUACCGCCUCCCAAAGUAGAGGGACUGCCGACGACCUCAUCAAAUACCAGCAUCGAUACCACCACCACAACCAAGGAUGUAACGCCUAUUCCUCGCGUCCAGAUCCAAACCGCUGCCCAAUUCCAACAGAUCCUCGCCGAGGGAAAGCCCGUCAUUAUAGAAGGGUCGGACAUCGGACCGUGCACUCACCUCUGGACCAAGGAAUAUCUAGCGAACGCGGUGGGCAGAGACCGGAAGGUUGUCGUGCAUGAGGCUCAGUCCGAGCACAUGAGCUUCCAGACGAAGAAUUUCGCCUACACGACCAAGGAGUUUGGCACGUUCCUGGACGAGGUGCAUGCGGGGGGCCGCCAAUACCUGCGCAGCAUCUCGGCUGACCAGCCCACGAAACUGCCCGCCAACCUGGCCGUGGACUUUGCGGGACUGAAGGAUGAUUUCCGCCUGCCCGAAGCCUUUUCGGUCGUUUCGGAGAACGCGCAUAGUUCCCCGCUGCGGAUCUCGGGGCCCGUCACUUUGUGGCUUCAUUACGAUGUCAUGGCGAACGUCCUCUGCCAAGUCCGAGGCGAUAAGCGACUGAUCCUCUACCCGCCCAGCGACGUCCAGUACCUCCAGGUGCCCGCCGGCGCCUCCAGCUCGACCCUCAACGUCUUCCAGACGGGAGACGACAGCACGAUCGCCGCGAUCCCACACACCUCCCCGCACGAAGCGCAACUCCGCGCGGGCGACAUCCUCUUCCUGCCGCCGCUGUGGCUGCACACGGCCAGCCCCGCGAAGGACCAGGUCAGCGUGGCCGUGAACGUCUUCUUCCGCAACCUGAGCCACGGCUAUGCGGCCGGGCGGGAUGUCUACGGGAACCGGGAUCUGCAGGCCUACGAGAAGGCGAGGGCCGACGUGCAGAAGAUCGCGCGGUCGUUCGACGGCGUCCCGGCAGACAUGGCGAGGUUUUAUUUGUUGAGGUUGGCGAAGGAGUUGAGGGAGAAGGCAGAGGAGCUGUGAGUGCUUGUCUAUGAAUGUAUAGUACAGUAUAUAUCACCUUGAUGAUGAUGGGACAAAAUAGAUUGUUUGUUUGUUUUGGUUACCGGUUUUGGUCAGGGGGGGUGAAUUGCGGAUUUCAUGUCAUGGUUUGUUGUCGUCGUUGAUGUUGAUCAUAUCAGCAGCAAAUUCCACACUCCCAGAAAGCAAGAGGGAUUGACUCGGGGAGUGUAUGGGUAAAAGACACAGAAGAGGAGGGAGGAAUGAGAAGGUGGUUCGGGCCACGACCCACUAGGCAUGCCCUCUACAUCCCGGGCCCUCCCUACCUUAGUUAGUAUACGG